AUGCUGAAUGAAACCACUUCACCAUCAUCAUCACCAUCUGCACAAUCCCCACCAUACUACGAACUUUCCUCCAACACCGAACCAUCUGACCCCCAAUCCCCCACUCUGGCUCAGCUACAAGCCCGUGCUCUAGCCUCUCAACAGCCAUCACACUUUGAACCUGAACCAGAAGUCACUUCCCCACCUCCUGAACAUCCAAAUCCCACCACAUCUGAACAAACACCACCACCUGCACAACAACCAAUACACUCUGAACCACAACCAACCCACCCAUCAUCUGAACCACACCCAAAACCUGAACAAACAACACAGUCACCCUCUGACAUUCCACCACCCAUCACUUUCCUUGCCUCCAUCACUCCCACACUCAAUCUCAAUGCCCCAAACUCACCCUCUCCACCCUCCCUAGCCUCUACCACUGAACCAGAAACUUCCCUUCCUACCCUUGAAGAAGUAAUACAGAAUAGAGUAAUAAGUUGGAUGACCUCUGAAGCCUUCAAACUGAAAAGCCUCUUUGAACAAGUCCGCAACGACUUUAUCAGAGACGCUGGUAUUAGACUUCAAGAGCGUUUAGCCAGAGAAGCUGAGGAACGGGCAAGGAAGGAAGCCGAAGAGAAAUCACACCAAGAAGAACUACAGCGAAUCAGAGAAGCUGAAGCCAAGGUUGUCACUGAUGAUGUUGCUGCGAAUGCUGCUGAGGCUGAGGCAAAAGCUAAAGCCGACUCUGAAGAAGCAGCUCGUAUUGCUGAAGAAGCAGCUGCCAAAGCCAACGCUGAUGCACUCACUCAGAGGGAGCACUCCAACUCUGAUUUCGUCCCUCUAGUCGUGAAGACUCUAGAGGAACUGCAGAAAGAACAACAGGUAGUUUGGGCCAGGCUGGAUCAACAGGAUUAUGUCAACAUCAACAUUCAGAACAUGUUGUCCCAGCUGCUCCAACGGAUCCCUCCGCCUCCAAACCCUUAG